AUGGGUAACCUCGGUGGUGGUUUACACAGCAUUGAUUGGAACCACACCAAUCUUACCAAGUUUGAGAAGAACUUCUACGUUCAAGACCCUCGAGUAACUGCUCGAACCGACGCUGAAAUCAAUCAGUUCCGAGCCGAGAAAACCAUGAAGAUCCAAGGUCAAAAUGUCCCUCGACCUAUCACCACCUUCGAGGAAGCUGGUUUCCCCGACUACAUCCUUUCCGAAAUCCGAGCUAUGGGUUUCACUGCUCCAUCAGCCAUUCAAUGUCAAGCUUGGCCUAUGGCUCUUUCCGGUCGAGACCUUGUCGCUGUCGCUGAAACCGGUUCCGGUAAAACCAUCUCAUUCGCUCUCCCUGCUAUGGUUCACAUCAACGCUCAACCUCUUCUCGCUCCCGGUGAUGGUCCCAUCGUUCUCAUCCUCGCUCCUACUCGAGAACUUGCCGUGCAGAUCCAAACUGAAUGCACCAAGUUCGGUAAAUCCUCUCGAAUCAGAAACACCGCUAUCUACGGUGGUGCUCCCAAGGGUCCUCAGAUCCGAGAUCUUCAACGAGGUGUAGAGAUUUGUGUAGCUACGCCAGGUCGAUUGAUCGAUAUGCUCGAAUCUGGGAAGACCAAUUUGAAGCGAGUUACCUACCUUGUUAUGGACGAAGCCGAUCGAAUGCUUGAUAUGGGUUUCGAACCUCAAAUCAGAAAGAUUGUCAGUCAAAUCCGACCUGAUCGACAAACUCUUCUUUUCUCCGCUACCUGGCCUAAGGAAGUUCAACGACUUGCCAUGGAUUUCCUUCACGACUUCAUCCAAGUCAACAUCGGUUCUAUGGAACUUACUGCCAACCACAAUGUCACCCAACACGUUGAGAUCUGUACCGAUUACGAUAAGAGGCAAAAACUCCUCGGUCACCUCGAGCAAAUCUCCAAAGAGAACGCCAAAGUCAUCAUCUUUAUUGCUACUAAGCGAGUCGCUGAUGAUCUUACAAAAUUCCUUCGAAUGGAUGGUUGGCCCGCUUUGGCCAUUCACGGUGACAAACAACAAGCCGAACGAGAUUGGGUCCUUGCUGAAUUCAAAUCUGGUCGAAGUCCCAUCAUGCUUGCUACUGACGUUGCUUCCCGUGGUCUCGAUGUCAAGGACAUUGGUUAUGUCAUCAAUUAUGACUUCCCUAACAACUGUGAAGACUACAUUCACCGAAUCGGUCGUACCGGUCGAGCUGGUCGAAAAGGUGUUUCGUACACUUACUUCACCGCUGAUAACUCUAAGCAAGCUCGUGAACUUGUUCAAAUCCUGAGAGAGUCCAAGAGUGAAGUUUCUCCUGAGCUCGAGCAAAUGGCUAUGUACGGCGGUGGUGGUGGUGGACGAGGACGAGGUGGUGGUGGCAGAGGUGGUAGAGGUGGCCGAUACGGCGGCGGCGGUGGUGGGGGCUAUAGCUCCGGAGCUAACAGCUACGGAGGUGGUGGAUCAGGAGGAGGGUACUCUUCCAGAUGGUAG